CUUCGAACUGAAUGUCAAAUCCAAGAAGAAGAAGAAAUUGUUUACAAAAUAGUGACUUUAAGCGGGCAGUUGAUAAUUGUGAAAUUAAGAUGUCCGAGGAAGUAGCCAGCGCUCCAGUGGCCCCAACUGGAUCCACGCUAACCACGGCCCAGAAGGCUCGCAUCGAACGGAAUCAGGCCAAGGCCCUGAAGCUGCGGGAGGCCAAGUUGGUGGCGCAUCCUUACAAGGAUUUGGCCAGCAACAAAGAUGGCAGCCAUCCCGAGGCGGUUCUAAGCCAGAGCUCCUCCGUAAUCAAGGUGCAGGGCACCAAGUACAUAGACAGCGGUGGCGGCUUUCUGCUGGAACAGCCUGUGCUUCCGGGAGCCGGGGCAGCUGGAGCGGCAGCAGCAUCCGGAGAUGGUAUACCUGUUAUUGAGGACGACGCUAUCGCCAUCCCAGUUCACUAUGAGGAGUGCCUGGAGUGCGGCGACCAGUUCGCAGAUUCCUAUUUGUUCAGUAACUUUGAUCAUUCCGUGUGCGACAAGUGUCGGGAUAACGAGGAGAAGCACUCGCUCAUCACCAGGACCGAGGCCAAGGCAGAGUACCUUCUGAAGGACUGUGACUUUGAUAAGCGACAGCCCCCGCUGCGAUACAUCAGCCGGAAGAAUCCACACAACGUGCGCUGGGGCGAGAUGAAGCUAUACCUGCAUCUGCAGGUCCUCAAGCGGGCCAUGGAGGUGUGGGGCAGCGAGGAUGAGCUGGUGCGCCAGCACGAGGCCAGGGAGGACAAACGUGAGGUGGGCAAGGCCCGCAAGUACAACAAGCAGAUGAAGCAGCUCCGCAUGGAGGUCCGCAGCAGUAUUUAUACGAAGAAGACCCACGAAAUCCACCAGCACGAGUUCGGUCCGGAUACUUACAAUGAGGAGGAGGACACCUACACGCACACCUGCCUCUCUUGUCCCUAUAGCGAGACCUACGAAAAGAUGUAGACAUCACCAUGGAUCACCUUUUUUUUU